UGUUUCGGCCAUCUGCUGGGUGUCAGAAAGAAAAACAUAACAAAUUAGCUUUUAUUAGAAAGUGGUUUCCAUUGCAAUGCAUUAAUUUAGUUCUUUUUCAACAUUGAAAAACUUCUUCAUUAUUAUUUAAUUAGUAUCUAGUCAAUCGAAGACCUAGAAAUUAACCAAGAUGAGAACAUUGAUUUCAGUACUAACAUUGAUUGGUAUCAUUGAACUUGCACAAUCUUGUUAUGUUAUCCACCAAUUGAGUGGAGAAGAGACGAAACUUGCAGCCGAAACUCUAGCUCUAAUCUCCGGAGACGUAAAACUUGCCGAUUCUAAUGUGACAAUAAUAAGUAGUUCGAAUAUAAUUGAAUGCCUCGGAUUAGAAAAUGAACUUCAGAAAAUACAUAUAUCGUGGACGGGACCUGAGCUCAAAAAUGCAACCGUUUGUGAAAACAGAACCGCUGAUGCCGACAUAACCGUUGAUGAAAACAUCGUCGUUGAUGAAAAUGCCACCGUUCACUGUAAAUUAUUAGGUGUGAACGUAACCGUUGAAUCAAUUGACAAGGAUUUUUUCGCUACAAAAUUCAUACCUUUAAAUGAAAGUGAGGCAGCAUUUGGUGUGAUGAUCUCACCAUCCCGCGUAUAUAUUGUUCGAAUUGAAGGUGAAAAUCGUACAACAAGCCUGAAUGGAUUCCAAAUCACCAACGAACGUCCAUGUCAUGAAAUGAAUCCAUACUUGUGGCUAUUCGUAUGUGCCAUAACUAUCAGUUUGACUGCACUGAUGACAUUCAAAAAACAAAAUGGUGAAGAAAAUCCUACCAUUAUAUUUGAAGAAACCGAAGACGAAGAAGACGAUGACGAUGCCGAGAAAAAAUUGAAUGAUAAAAAAUUGGAAAUUGAAGAUAAUUCAAUCUUGUGUAAUACAAACUUUUCAUUUUCUUUCUUCUUGAUGUGUCGUCGUGUCUCCAGUCUCCACUCACCAAAAACUAAAUGUGAUUUUAACGAUUUCUGUGUGAGCAAGCGGUAUUUUAUGUGAAAUCGCAUUAGAAUUCAACUAUGCGGAAAAGUUCAAUUUGUACAAUUUCAAUAUAAGGCGAUACACAUUCACAAAUGCUAUUGUCCCCAAAGUUGUAAUGCUGUGUUAUACGUACAUCAUGUUAUAAACGCAUGAAACAGAGCGCAAACAGAGAACAAACCAACAGAGAGACAAAACAAAACAUUGUGAAUCUUAAUAAUUAAAUCCAUAAAAUUUUCGAUAUUCAUUCAGUCAAAGCAUGGUGUGGAUGUUAAGUUUAUAACUAAAAUGUUCAAAUCGAAGAAUGGAAAAUAAACGUAUUUGGUUCUAUAGUAA